AUGUUACCAUUUACGAGUAUUAUAAGACAGCUGUUUGUACCGUCCCCUAUCAGACCCUUAUUCAAUGCAACUCCGAAACUAAUAACGCCUGCUACGAUAGGUGCAUUGUACCAACCAUUAAGAACCUUUAAAGUUAGAACCUCCGUCAAAAAGUUUUGCAAGGACUGCUAUUUAGUGAAAAGAAAAGGAAGAGUAUAUGUUUACUGUAAAUCAAAUGGUAAACAUAAGCAAAGACAAGGAUAG